AUGGUGAAGGGUAAGCCAUCCAUGGGUAGGCAAAAGAUCGAGAUGAAGCAAAUCGAGUCUAAGGAGGCACGUCAGGUAUGCUUCUCGAAGCGCCACCAAGGCCUGUUCAAGAAGGCUAGCGAUCUCUCCAUUCUAUGUGGUGCUAUGGUCGCUAUUGUUGCCUUCUCCCCUACUGGUAGGCCCUUCUCCUUUGGUAGUCCCUCCUUUAGGGUUGUGAUAGAUCGCUUUCUCACUUUGAUCAGCCCUGCUACAAGUGAUGAGAGUUGUGAUGCUAGUAGUAGGGAGGCAAACAUUAAGCACCAAAUGAGUUUAGAGUGUUCAGAGUUAGGGCAAAUGAUUGAGGUUGAGAAGGAGAGAAAGGAGAGGUUGAAGGAGAUGAUUGAGUGUCAUAUGGAUUCACAUACGAUGCCUUUGCUAACUACCAAUGCCUAUCCGUUAGUGCUUGAUGAGCUACAGGAAUUUCACAAGAAGCUUCAAACAAUACAAGAUGUUAUCAAGGAAAAGAUCAAGAAGGUGUUGCAAGAACAACUGCCAACAAGGCCAUAUCCACUUACAUUCAUGGAUUUGGCUUCAAGGUACCAACUUGAUGAGAAGAUUACUACACCCAUUUCUUCCAUGUCUCUAAAUUCCAUCCAUGGGCUUACUGGUGGGGUCAAUGUCAAUGACUCCUCAACUAAUGGCAUCCAUGCCAUUGGUACCUCGAUGAGUUGUGCCAUUGAUCAACUUGAUGGGUGA